AUGCCUCGUACAGGACGCGUGACGCUGGUCCAGAUCGUGUCAAGGCUGCACAUGGAUCGCUUUGAGGAGGUGUUUAGAGUUGCGUGCGAUGCGGGUAAGUCGUGGAUCCCUGUCACAUUCCUCCCGUCUUCUGAUGACCCCGAUAUGGGCAGCGUCAGGAUCGAAGCGAGGGCUGUGGCUGGAGACGUAUGCGGAUCAGGAUUAGGAUUAUACUGGGCAAGAAGCGAAUUCGGAACGCGGCGCAGGCGGUCGUUCCUCACGCAGUAUUUGGUGGUGAGAGGGAUUAUGAACGCGAAGGAUGCGCAUGAGUGGAAGGAGUGGUUUUUUGGAACUAGUAAUGUCUACCUUGCUAUGCGAUACAACCUCAACGUGAAAGGCACGAUCGCUCACGAGUGGUUCAUGGGUGCAAACGCUGCUGGGACAGCUCUAGAUCUCUGGUCAAACCUCUACGGAGACAGUCUUUCAGUCACGCUCACGGACACAUUAUCCACUGAAUUUUAUCGGGAAUUUGACAAUAGACGCGCCAACCAAUGGAAAGCCCUGCAUCAAGAUUCGGGAGACCCCAAAGUAUUCGCGCCGAGGGCUAAACGGAUGUUCGUUUGGUAUUGGCUGACAAACGACAUUAAGAAGAAGAGUAGUGGGUACGAGGAGCAGACCACGGCGUUGAAUAUUGUGAUUAAACUUGGGUCGAUUGAUAGGAAGGGGCGUGUUAAGAUUAGCGAUGAAAUUACAAAGAAUACUGGUGUCCCAGAAGUUGUGGCAAAGGUUAAAGAGAUGUACCAGAUGUCGGUCUCGUAA